AUGUCCGGCACCGAGCUUGGUAUUGCUGUGAUCGGGGCGGUAGCAGCCUUGAUCACAGCAUACAAGGACGCCGGCUCCAUUGUCGAGAACAUUAAGGAGAGCCGCAAGGCCAAAGGCGCCUCACCUCCAAGCUUGGCCCUGGAAGAGUCACUUCAAGAAGGCCACCAAGAGAUUGAGAAGAUCACAGCAAAGGGGAUACAACGGUUUGGGUCAAGCUUCGAACAAGGUGAUGACGUUGCUCAUCGAGCUCUCCAGAGUCUUACCAUCGAAGUUCAAGCAUCGUUCUUGCGCCACCUCAUGCUCGCUAGCAAAGAUGACGAUAUCAUGGACUUCGAAGCCUGCAUUGAUUCUGCCAUCACUGCCCGACUACGCGCGGUUACGAUUCUCAAUGAACUCUAUUUGCGCCAACAGAAAUCUUGUGGCUUAAACUCGCAAGUGAGAACACCGGUACCUGCUGCGGAAGAAACGAAGCAGGUCAUUGAGACACCCUCGGAACGGGACGAUCACGCCAGCUCGAACCUUGAACCUAAGCCUCUAACAUUGCCUAGCUUGCAGCUACCAGCUAAAAUAAUACGACCCGCGCCAGACGAGAUGAAGGAGGUCUUCGAGGCACCCGCAACCCCCGAACGCAAGAGUCGUAGUGAGUCUCUGGAGUCUGGGACGCAUCCCUGCCCAGGCCAAGUUCCGCGAAAAUCGUCAUGGAACGUUUUCAAAAAGUUACACCGAACUUCAUCUGCGGAGAAAGAGAAUGGCUCAAUGCUGUCACAGCCCACCUCCCGGCCGGCUUCAGAUAUCACCUCAUCCACUUCACCUUCGAUCAGAUCUGUGGACGAUCCCCACAGAUCUCAUGUCAUGACUCCACCUAUCAGCCCAGUCUUAACCCUCUCACCCGUCGAUGUGAUGGCCGGUGCCGGCCUUUGUAAAGGGGCAUAUUACAUCCAGCAAGGCAUCUACGAGAAGGGGGUUCAGGUCUCCAUGAAGAAUCUGGAGUGGGCUUGCUACUGUCGGAAAUGUUCGUUUGCGACACCUGCAGACCGAGAUGAUCGAGGCCGAGCACGCUUUGACGACAAAGCCCAUGCGACGCGUGAUCUACGUUGGCGCUCUCUUCUGCUCUUCAAAUCUCACAUAUCGUCUAGCCGGCAGAAUACACGGGUAUACAGAUGCCUUUUAUGUGUGCUUAUAGGGGAUGUGACAUCCGUCUACCAAGGGGAGCACCAUCUUUUCGAACACAUGUUCCACCAUCAAGGCGGGGUCCUCAACGGAGUGGAACUUUGGGGUCCGAUCUGUCUGGACCCAGGCGGACCUAGAAUGGGGUCCGAAAGGACGUUUGAUAUCUGCUUCGCCCAGAACCCGAGAUUUACACUCCCAAAGGACGCGUUUGAGAUGAGCGUCGCCACGGAGAUCGUGGAGGCCGACGGGACCGAGAUUUACGGCGAGAACCUGUUCAAGAAUCAACGGAUGGAGGGCGUCUAG